AUGAAGUGGGUUUACAAGAUCAAGCGGGACGCUUACGGGAAUGUGGAACGGUACAAGUCCCGGCUGCUGGCGAUGGGCUACCUGCACAAGCGGGGGAAUCACUUCGACAAGGCCUACACCUUGGCGCCGCAUGCGUGGCACAUGCGUCCGAGAGAAGAGCUCGAGAGAAUUGAGUUCGUGGCGUCCAUGGUGGACGCGGCGCUUUGCACGGGGAUUGUGCCCGGGGAGCGGGUCUACCUCGUGGUGUGGGUGAACAUCCUCGUGGCGGCCCGUGGUGCAGAGCAAAUUGCAAAGCUGAAGGUGCAUUUGGCGGAAAGGUUCGACGUGCGCGAUUUGGGGGAGGCGAAAUACUUUUUCGGGAUGGAGCUAACGCGCGAUAUGGAGGCGUGCACCCGGACGCAGAAGAAACUGACGGGGAAGCUGGUCGGACAUUAUGAACAGGCGGACGCACGGGCGCGUAGCGUUCCUUUUGGAACGGAUGACAAGUUAACGAAGGAGGGCGAGCCCCUCGACACGAAGCGGUUCUCAUACAACGAGUGGGUGGGAAAUUUGUUGAACCUGAGUGUGUGCAUGAUGCCCGACAUCGCACAGGCGGUGGGCGCACUUGCGCGCUAUAUGGCAGGGCUGACAGAGGCGUCCUGGCGGGCGACGCUUGGAGUUGUGCGCUACCGGGCGGCAACAGCAAAGGACGGGGUGACCUUCGGUGAGUGA